GAAAAAUCUCAAAAACUUCCGAAGAUCUCAUUCCAAGACAUCUGCUGCACGCCUCACCACCACGAGGGCGUCCGCAAUACACCCCUCGUGAGCCUCAUAUUGCUCAUAUACCUGCGCCUGACUUCUUCACUGCCAUUCUCCCUCUUAUCUCCCUUAUUCUUUCGCCUUUCAUAUAAAACCCGUCAAACGCAAGUAGCUCUCUAAGAGAGCCCCCUCUUUAGUUGACAAUGUCAAAAACUACUUUCGCAGUCAUAGCAGCGGCAAGCGCAGGUGCCGGAGCCGCCAUAACAACCGCAAUGUAUUCAUUAAGAUCAUCAUCAGAACGAAGAAUCGACACUUCUCCCAUAUCCACAACUUCAACAAGUUUCUCGACAGGAGCAUCAGCACCAAUUCCGAUCCCAGCCAAACAGAUAUUCCCGCCCCCGAACCAAACAGGAGGCCCGCCCAACCCAUACUCGACAUCAGCACCAGCAGCCCUAGGCCCGGUCGACCCAUCCGGGCUCUUCGAAUACGGGUUCCCAGGACCCAUAGCCGACAUCGCAACACGACAAGCCCUAGUCUCCUCCUUCGACCGCCGCCUACGCAACCCCCACUGGGUCGCCGAGCACAUAACACCCGCAUCCCUAGCCCAACGCGGCGGCGACCGAAAACACAGCGUCUUCCUAGAAGACGACGGAGUGCCCGACAAGUUCCGGGCGAAGUUAAAGGACUACUUCCGAUCAGGCUACGACCGAGGCCACCAAGUGCCCGCUGCGGACGCAAAAUGGGGCCAGGCCGCGAUGGACGAGACCUUCUACCUGACGAACAUGUGUCCGCAAGUAGGCGAGGGCUUCAACCGGGACUACUGGGCGCACUUCGAGGACUUCUGCCGCAACCUGACGGGCCGGUAUCCCAGCGUGCGGAUCGUGACGGGGCCCUUAUACCUCCCGAAGCGCGACCCAAGCGAUAACAAGUGGUACGUGCGAUACGAAGUCAUCGGCAACCCGCCGAACGUCGCCGUGCCGACGCACUUCUACAAGGUCAUAUUCGCGGAAGACGGUGCCGUCGGCGGGAACGUGGCGAUCGGCGCCUUCGUGCUGCCCAACGCGCCGAUUCCUAACGACAAGCCCAUCACCGACUUCGAGGUCCCCGUCGAGGCCGUCGAGCGCGCCAGCGGCCUCGAGUUCGCUACGAAGCUGCCUGCUCAGCGGCGAAAGAGGCUGUGCUCUGAUACCACGUGCGCGUUGGUGAUUAAGGAGUACGCCGAUAGGCAGAAGGCGUUCGCGAAGCCGGGGUCGGCUGUUGCGAAGCGCUAGUCAACUUACCUACCCACAUACAUACCUACAUAUUCCUCAUGGUCAUCAUUACCGUCACGAAUUAUGAGGUCCUCUCGCAACGUUCGAAGAAACGAGGCCUAUGAUGUACAUACAUACCUACGGAUAGAAGCUUAGCUGGAUAAUUAAAUAAGAAAAAAAUUCAACCGGGAUACACAGUACGGACUCAUACUCAUACACGGCUUUUUGCAUUGCAUUUUUAUGUUCCCCUCGCGGGGACAUGGCGAAUCUUGUUUAUGGCUCGUUUUGAUAUUCGAGAACUAAUUUACCUAUACCUACCUACACAUCUUCAUCUACAUCAAGCUCAUUUGCUGAAUCAUGUAUAAGUACUUGUUGUUUUUACUAGCAUUAGCAUACGGAGGUAAAGGCGGGUUGAGACAGGGGAUUGCAUUGGAGCUUAGGUAGUCUAGCAUAACAUAACAUAACAUAGCAUUUAACUAUAAUAUUUUGGUA